AUGCAAAACAAACCAACCAACCAUACUUUUGAUGUUUGGCUGCAAUCCCUUGAGACCGUAUCUCCUAGACAUACGAUUGGCCUUCCCAUUGCAGCAAUUGCUGGUAUCAUUGGUUGGGAACUAUCGAAGGAGAGAUGUCGUGCUGUUUUUAAUGAAUUGUUGCCUUGUCCUCAGUCGGUUUUAGCCAAAUCUCUCGCCAGUAUUGUGGAACAAUGCAACUUACUUCCCCCCAUCCCCACCCGCUUUCCCCCCAGUAAUGAUGCGGUUUGGUAG